AAAAAAAAUAUAAAUAAAUAAAAGGAGGAGAAAACUGAGCGAGCGACUCUGUUCGUUGAGAGAUCCUGAAAACAAGGCAGAGGGAAGCUUUAGAGAGAGAGAAAUCGAGAUUCAAGAGCUCAGGAGAGAGGAAUAUAGCGCGCAGAAAGCCCAACGACCCCAUUUUUUUCGAUUCUAAGAUAUUCAAUCUCGUCUCCUUCACCCUAAGAGUUGGUAAUGGGAUCAUUAUCAGAAUCUGAACGUGAAGUAAAUCACAGGAAGCCUUAUGGUAUCAGAUUUUUGGAGUGGAUAAGGAAAAGGCCUCUUUCCUACAAGGCUCACCAAGCCAUUGUUCUACUUGUCACAUUCUUGGCUUAUGCUAACUACCAUGCCUCUCGAAAAACUACGAGCAUUGUUAAGAGCGCCCUUGAUCCGCUAUCUCCCGAAUUGGGCUUGAAGUUCCCAUGGAAAUCGAGCUAUUUGCGUGCACCGGUUAAUAGUAGUAACCGUGUGUCGCUCUCUGCAGGUGGUUGGGCUCCAUUUGAUGCAGCAGAAGGGACAUCUUUACUAGGUGAGCUUGAUUUGGCUUUCCUAGGCGUAUAUGCUGCCAUAUGCUCUUAUAACAACGGCUGUCUCUGCUGAUUUGGGAACCCACAGUUCACUGGAAGGGAACUCUAGAGCACUUGCUACUGUGACAGCAAUCAUCGACGGUACUGGCUCAGUUGGGGCUGCGAUUGGACCAUUGUUAACCGGAUAUUUAUCAGCUAAAAGCUGGAGUUCGGUGUUCAUUAUGCUGAUGGCUUCAGCUCUAAUAGCAGGGCUGUUUUUGACAAGGCUUGUUAUAGCUGAGGUGACUGCAAAAAUCGAAGAGUCGAGAUUGAGAGGAAGGGUUACAUCCAGGAGUCCAGUACUCGAAGUGUGAGCUAGCAAUGACGACGACAACAACGACAACAACUGCACAAUGCCAUUGUAUUUAGCCCGUGUUUAUUUCAUAAGAAGGUUUUGAACAUUGAAUCAGAACCGUGGUCGUUAACGAUUUUUCCCCUUUUUUUCGGGGCCAGGGGAGAAGAUGAAGAUCUCCCCCAAAGUGUUGUUCAUUCAAGGAGAGGAUUUUGUCACAGCUUCUCCCAUGAAUGAUAUAGUUUGUUGAAUAUGGUGGAAGAAAGUGAGUUUGGUAUUGUACAUUAUUUUGCAUUAUGGUAGAAAGUUAAAAGUUGUGAUCCUGAAACACCAGGAAUUAAGCAUGUAAAUCUAGGGCAGAAGGCACUUUUCAUGGUGUGAAUUUAUUAAAUGAUAAAAAAAAAAGUUACAGAGGAGAAACAAGAACUCCUAGCCUACUUCGUCGUAA